GGUUGAAUGACCUUUAGGAUGAUGCUGGGGAAAUACAGUUCGGGGAGUGUUUUCAAUCUGAAAAGUUCUUACGUAAAUUCAAACUUGAAUCCGCUGUGCUUAAUUUAUUUAACAGCUACGGGAGUACCGUGUUCAAACAACAAGAAAAGUAUUGUGGAAGCGAUAAUAAAGGGCGGAGGUCCAUUGAAGCUAGUUGUUAUAUUUUCUCGCUAAAUGGCAAUGGCAGUUUUGUUGCAUUUGUUGUUGCGCUCCCCUCACAUUACCUAUCACGAAAACAAAGAAGGACUUUGAUCUGGUCAAAUUCAACUAAAAAUUUCGUUCAUUCUUUGGAACAUCUUGAAUGUGCAAGAAAACCGAUAAAGAUGCCAUGCACUUGUGGCAACUGGAGGAGAUGGAUACGACCCUUGGUGGUCGUCUUGUAUAUUUUGGGAUUGUUGGUGGUUAUUCCACUGUGUGUUUGGGAGUUGCAGAAGUCGGAGGUUGGGACACACACAAAGGCCUGGUUUAUCGCUGGCAUUUUUGUUUUUAUGACGAUCCCCAUAUCACUCUGGGGUAUCCUUCAGCAUCUCGUGCACUACACUCAGCCUGAGCUGCAGAAGCCCAUCAUCAGGAUAUUAUGGAUGGUGCCAAUAUACAGCUUAGACAGUUGGAUAGCUUUAAAAUAUCCAAACAUUGCCAUCUAUGUGGACACUUGCAGGGAGUGCUAUGAAGCAUAUGUUAUUUACAACUUCAUGAUUUUUUUGCUGAACUACCUGAGCAACCAAUAUCCAAGCCUGAUACUGAUGCUGGAAGCCAAAGAACAACAAAGACACCUGCCACCUUUAUGCUGCUGCCCAUCCUGGCCAAUGGGAGAGGUGCUGCUUUUUCGUUGUAAGCUUGGCGUUUUACAGUACACAGUGGUCCGACCAUUUACUACUGUUAUUGCACUAAUCUGCCAGCUCUGUAAUGUGUACGAUGAAGGAAACUUCAGCUCUGCAAACGCCUGGACCUACCUUGUGAUUGUAAACAACGUAUCACAGUUGUUUGCUAUGUACUGCCUUGUGCUGUUCUAUAAGGCUUUGAGAGAUGAGCUGAAUCCAAUUCGUCCAGUGGGAAAAUUCCUCUGUGUGAAGCUGGUUGUCUUCGUUUCCUUCUGGCAAGCUGUUUUUAUUGCACUUCUGGUGAAGGUUGGGUUUAUUUCCGAAACUCACACCUGGGACUGGGACAGUGUGGAGGCUGUGGCAACGGGUUUACAGGACUUUGUCAUUUGCGUUGAGAUGUUUUUUGCUGCAAUUGCCCAUCACUACAGCUUCACCUAUAAGCCUUACGUCCAAGAAGCUGAGGAAGGCUCUUGUUUUGACUCCUUCCUUGCAAUGUGGGACUUCUCUGACAUCAGAGCUGACAUAUCUGAACAAGUGCGGAAUGUCGGAAGAACAGUCCUAGGCCGUCCAAGAAAGAUGUAUUUUGCAGAGGAACAGGAGAACAAUGAACAUACCAGCCUUUUGUCUGGCGGAGGAGGAGGAGGAGGCCCAGAUUCGAUCACAGACACGACUUCCAUGCCACCCUCGCCCACUGGUCGCUAUCAAGGGUUUGGACAGACCACGGUGACGCCUCACUCUUUAUCCGCACCAGCGGGCUUCUCCAGUGACCCUCGGAAUGAAGAUGACUAUCUGAGUUCACCUUCCCGAGGGGCCGGCGAUCCUGGUGACCAAGAUAACUGCACAAUUCCUUAACUGACUUCAUUCUAGAAGUAAAACGCUUAAAAGCAAGCCUUCUGUUUUGCAAAGUGUCCCUUUUCCCUCAGCAAGCCUUCACCUGCAGGAAUCCUCAUGACUGGAGAUGUCGUUACACACAGAAGUCAUUUAAAAGUGACGUGUUUUACUCUCAUCAGUUAUCAAGUUGCUCUUGACGGUUCUUUGUAAAUGGCUAUCGGUGUCAGGUGUACCGACGUGCCGAUAGCCAAAGACCAACAGAUUGUUACUCUUUUGUCAUUACGUAUUUACAGCAUGGGCGCCUACAUGUCGCUAACAAACUCUGUUACAGCAGUGGCUUAAAAUGGUGGAAGGCCAAACAGUAAAGAGACGCUCGGCUCGGUUCUCCCUCUCCUGCAGCCCCCCAGGCCAUCCCUCAGGUGAGAUACAGGAGUGCUUUGCUCCCAGUGCGAAGUGACGGUUUCCCCAGAACGGUCUUUAUUCCGUGAGAAGACCCUGCCAUCUUGCCAAGUAGUCAACGUCUAGGAGGGUUGGGCUGCCCAUCCAUCAGUUUUCAUACUUGCUUACGUCCCGUUGAGGGACCCUGCAGUGGGCAUGCCAGCUGUGCACUUGGAUUCGCUGUGCCUUCCCAGAAUGAGACAAAGAUUUGUCCCCCAGCAUCAUUUUUUUGAAUUUUGUUUAAAAUGUCACUUUGCUUUUUAUGACGAGGGACGAUCAAAAAGUUUCCGCAGUUUUGUUUAACUCUGUUUAUUAAGAAUUUCAAAAACAAAUGACAUCACUUUUCUACAGUCACCUUCCUUUAUGAUGUAAUUUUCCCAGAGCGUCAUACCAACUUUUUAAUGCCAUCGGAGGAAAAUGUUUUUGGUUGGCCGCGUAGCCACUGAUGCACCGCUGCUUUCACAUCAUCAUCAUCAUCACCACAUGAAGCGUCGGGAACAAAUGUCUUAAGUGCUUGGGCUUUAUGGGCGAGGCAUCCACCUGGCACACAAUGUCAUGAAUCGGGGUCUACAUGGGCAGACCCAGCACUCCCAUCCAGCUCUCCUGCACCCUCUUCUGUUUUCACAAAUCAGUUCUUUUUUCAUUUCACGUGGCUGUAGCUGGACGUCCAGAGCGCUCUCUGCAUCCAUGCCACUAGUACAGCCAUUUUUGAAUAUUUCAAUCCACUCCUAGACGACUCUACGAAAGAGAACUUGAUCUCCACACUGACCACACGUGCAGAAAUUAAUUGGUGUUCCCAGCACACCUUCUGCCUACAUGACAGAACGCUCUUCCUCUUGGGUGCAAUUUGUGUAGGUUUCAUAGCCAUCUUCACUACAGCGUGACACCUCUGUUACUAAACUGCAAGGGCUUGCCAGACAGAACAGGUCACAUGAUGCUCUCAGACACGCCCUAUUACCAACUCCUCCCACCUUUACCGUUUCGAAUGACACUAUAAAAGUGUCCCUCGUAUUUUAAGGAAUCCAACACUAACACUUGUGCCGUCUUUGGGUCUGCUUAUCGCUCACCCGUGGCCCCUGCCAACUGUAAUGCGGUGCUAGCAGUAGAAGAGCACACAAGCGCAGAUGUUCAGAUCCUUUCUUUUAAUUGCUGUGGCCCUGACAUUUGAGAUCUGGCCUCUGACUUGGCCACUUCAGGACCUUCACGUCGUUGUGUGGCUUUGGCUUUAUCAUUCAGAUCGCCAUGGCGGUAGAAUACAAAUCUCCCAGGGCACAGACCCCCUUAUCAGAAUUUCCCCCUAUUAUGCUGCAUUCACCUUCCCUUCUCCCUUGACAAGCAGGCUGUGGAGACGCUCCCAUUGUUAGGUGUGUUUUCACCCAACCCCGUCUCACUCUCUUCAUCAGAAGUGUCUCAGUCUCAGUGAGUUUACACCUUCUCGUGUUCGGACGAACUCUUCUGCACCAAUGUUUAGCGUAAGCGGGAGGCUUACGUUACUUGACAUCUAGCUGGAGGGGAUGUAAGACUUGCCGAUGAGGGCAGCUGCUGAUCUUGUCGACUGAAGAUGUCAGAUCGUACAGCUAGACAUUGCAGGGCAUGAUGAAUUACUUGACCCUGGGACGUCUAGGCUGUGGUGGGCCAGGAUAUCAGAACAAGGCCAUCUUAACAGCAUUCUAGGCCCCCAGAGAAAGUAGUGCACUGGGGAUCCCUACCUACACAACCCCAUCAUUUAUUGCUGUAGCACGUUUUCAUGCCAAUGGUGUCACUCAAAAGUGCUUCACAGGGUGAAGAAAGAGGAAAAAGACAAAAUAUAAAAAAUAUUAAAUUAGGCAAUAGUAGUUAACAUAGAAUAAAAGUUAGGGCCGAUGGCCAGGAGGACAGAAAAAAAAAAAAUCUGCAGGGGGUCCGAGGCCACAAGACCACCCAGCCCCGUCUAGGCAUUCUACCUAACAUCAAUGAUCUCAACCAACUCACAACGUCCAUAGAUUAGCGUGGGGGCCCCCCAGGCAACUGCCAAGCAUGCCCAUGUGUUAAGACGGCCCUGCAUCAGAAUACUCCCUACUCUUUACAAAGGGGUCUUCAAUGAUCACAGAGAGUCAGGGCCUCGGUUUUAUGCCUCAACUGAAGGCCGGCACCAUUUGGACGGUACUGGGAUCCACACAGAGACCACAGGGUAAGCGCCCCCUGCCUGUCCUCUUCUAGCCCCAACCCAAGCUUUUCCUAGGUGGUCUCCAAUCCAAGUACUGGCCAAGCCUGAACACACUUAGCCUCGGGUGUCUCUCCAGUUUAAAAGUUUGGUGGCCUGUAACAAGUCACAUAAUCGUCUUUGCUAUUUACAGCCCCAUCAGGACUGAGCUGAUUCGCCUUUCCAGUAUCACAGAUGCAUUUUGGGAUUCUUAAGCCUGUUCUGCUUGUUUUUCAUUUCAAGUCCGUUUCUAAUUUAAUUGCGUUACAUGGCUGCCAGAAAAUUCCGUCAUCUUCCUCAUUUGAACACAUUCAGGCUACGUGACAUGCUUUGGGUGACACAGUGAAGACUGAAGGUGUGACUGGGGCGGACUGGUGGCUCUGAGGCUAGGGAUCUGGACUGGCAAUCGGAAGGUUGCCGGUUCGAAUCCCAGAAAUGGCAAAAGGGACUCUGCUCUGCUGGACCGUUGAGCAAAGCCCUUAACCUGCAAUUGAUGAGCGCUUUGAGUAGUGAGAAUAGCGCUAUAUAAAUGUAAAGAAUUAUUAUUAACGGUGGGGCCCGCUGUUCGAUUUGCAUUCCUUUAAUCUCGCACCUCAUCGAGUGUAAGCACGAGGUUAUUCAGAAAGGCACAAAUGUUUGAACACUCGAUGCCACAUUACAUGCGUUACUAUUAACCUGAACGUGUCACUUUCAUGUGGACAUAUUGAGUCGUCCCAAUCCUAGGGAGCUGCUGUGCCCUGACUGGCAUCACAUCUAACUGUCCACUGAGCCCCACUGAUGGCCAUUUUAGGACGGGCUGCUCCUCCUGACACAUUCAAGCAAACGGCACCUUUUGAGUUUCCAGUACAGUCAUCUCUGAUGUUUGUGGUGGUCCUCCAUACAUUAGUUAGAUAAACUGCACUUUAUUUGUCCCAAGAAGGUCAUAUAAUUUUUUAUGGCAACUCAAGAAAUAUUACAACAAAAAACAGCAACCACUGCCCUCAAAUAGAUGCUGAGAAAACAUCCGACCUGACUAAACAUAAAGAGGGCCGUCACCGUGAGCCAUUAUGAAGGCCCACCAGCGUUUCUUGACACACUUCUGGUGGCUGACACUACAGUAGAGUGACACAGAGAGGAUGGACCACGUUGUUUAUAAUGGCCGUAAGUUUUAUCUUCAUACUCUGUUCCACUACCAACACCAGUGGAUCCACAGAGCGCCCCUUAAUCAGUUGUCUAGAUUGAGUGGGUCUCUGCUACCAGCUGCGCCCACCAUACUGGCCAUCACAGAGCUGUCACUACUCGCAUUAAGGAGCGCCGUCUCCUAAGGAGAAAGUCUGCUCUGCCCUUUCUCCUGUACCUCCUCUCUGUUACGAGAGCGGCCCAGACUCUCAUUGAUUUGGACCCCCAGACACACCACAUCCACUCCCUGAGUUGUGAUUGGUUAUACAGACCAGUUUAUCAAAGAUGUCACCUCCCAGAAUUAUCAGGCAAGCAGCCGUCUUCACGUUUAGCCUCCUAACAGUGAUCCGAUUUUGCCGUACCACUUUCAGGAUUGGGCCGUUCUUCCGUUGCAUUGACGCGAGUGUAAAGUAGAGAAGUCUCUGCCAUCUCCUGAACAAACAAGCAACAUGCAGCCACCCAAUGAUAAAGUCACCAUAACCAGUAUGUGUCAUGGGUACACUAGCAGUUAGCAGGUUCAUUCAUUUGCCAGAAGAGCAGCAACCGGCCCGCUUGUCUAGGGGGGACACAGGUGUCACAACACAGACAGAAGUCCAUCUCACAAAAUGGCCCCUGGGAUUCUGUGUUAUGUAGCUGCCAGAAGUCCAUCACCUUCAGGCUACGUGACCUGCUUAGGGUGACACAGUGAAGACUCGGCUCCGAUCUGAAGGUGUGAACAGCGGGGCCUGCUGUACGAUUUGCAUGCCUUUUAACUCGCACCUCAUCUAAUUUCCGUUUUCACGUCUUAACGAGAUUGUUCAGAAAAGCAGAAAUGUUUGAACACUCAAUGUCACAUUACAAGUGUCAUCAUUAACCUGAAAAUGUCACUUUCACGUGGACAUAUUGAGUCAUCCCAAUCCUAGACCCAGUGUGUGUGUCAUGGAUACUCUAGCAGCUACCAGGUUCAUUCAUUUGCUAAAAGAGCAGCAACCGGCCACAUGUCUAGAAGGGAUGCAGGUGUCACCGCACAGACUUCUAGGAUUUGAUGACAGAAGUCCAUCUUACAAAAUGGCCUGGGAUUCUGCAGGAAAAAUUCAAGUCUAUAGGCCUGGGAGAAAGAUGUUUAGCUUGUGCCGCCAUAACCUUUGACAGGCCCAGCCACGGAAAGGGUGUGUGGGUAGUCGGCCUUACUUACCGUUAUGCAGCAAGAUCUAAAAACGUAACCUGAGAAACUCAAAUUCAAAACUGACUAAAAGCUGCCCUGACCUCAUUUACUUCUUUGCUGUCCAAAGCCAUGAUGAGGGGGGCUGCUGGUGUGUACAACACUCGUAUGACGAUGAAAUGAAAAGAAAUGCAGCCGCACAUUUGCCAUUCCGAUGCAUCCCGCGCCGUUUCAGUUUUAACGACUAAGAGGCCAGAGACGUCCUUCAGAUGUGACUUGUCGGUUUUCGUGCUUUUUGCAGCAGCUGUCUGUGUCGCCGUGUCCUGCCUUAAAUUCACUUCUGUUUUCUGCAGCAAAUUAAAAAAAAAAAAAAAGUCUUAAAUGUGAAAUGAACUGAUCGUAGUGAUAAUGUGGUAGAGCAAAAUGUCGACAGCGAUGAUUAUGGAGUGCGUCUCAAUGGCCUUCGGGUGUACAUAUUUGACAUUUUACUGAAUAAAUUUAAUAAGCUUCC